UGGGACCGGUUUACAGGUUCAUUCGGGACCAGCGUUGUACCAGGCGGACAGCAUUGCACAUGCAAACGCACGGAGCACACGGAACCUGCGGACAGCGUGUUUGUGCCAGGACCAGAUCAGAUUGUCAAGUCAAUCAAGGGAGUAGGGAAACACUGUAGAUACGGAAAGCCAUACUGUAGGUAAGGAAGACAGUUGCUAGAACAUUCCAGUGUGUUUACCAUUCUAGUGUGUUACCAUUCUAGUGUGUGAUCGCUUUUAUCUUUUCGUUUUGUUUUGUUUUGUUUUGUUUUGUUUCGUUUUGUUUUGUUUUGGUGGAAGUUAAAACAUCUGCUGGGAGCGAGAACCGUUUGCAUGCUGCCUACUGUCGUCCCCCGAACAUAACGCACCAUGAAAAUGAACGUAUACAAGGAGUGUCAUUCGAUGCUCGUUUAAGACAGAAAAGGGGAGGGGGACGAAGAGGAGAAUGCAGUGAGGGCGGGAUGGGACCUUGUAGGCAUUACACCUCAGUUUGUACAGGAGUGUCAUUUGAUGCUUGUUUAAGACAAAGGAGGAGGAGGAGGAGGACGACGACGACGACAAGGAGGAAGAGGAGAAUGCAGUGAGGGCGGGAUGGGACGUCUAGAUAUCCCCCCUCAGUUUGUAUAGGAGUGUCGUUUGAUGCUCGUGUAAGACAGACAGUAGGAAACGGAGGAACCGGAGGAAGAGGAGGAAGAGGAGAAUGCAGUGAGAGGCCGGGGUGGAACCGCGACCCCCCAGUUUGUACAGGAGUUUCUUUUGAUGAUCGCUAAAACGACAAAGAGGAAGAGGAGGAAGAGGAGAACCUCGUAGGCAUUACCCUCUUGUUGUCUAGCAGCCUAUGUAAGACAGAAACGACAAGGAGGAAGAGGAGGAGGAAGAGGAGGAAGAGGAGAACCUCACAGGCAUUACCCUCUUGCUGUCUAGCAGCCUAUGUAUGCCUGAGAAGGAAGAAGGGUGGAAAAGAGGCCAGGAAGCGGCAGUCCGUUUUUUUGUGACGGCUAAAGCGAGCUCUGUUUUUACAGCAGCAGGAAUCCGACAACACGAGUGGAAGAAGAGGUGGAUGGUUAGAAUGGUUGCAUAAUCAGAGCAGCAAUCCGACAACAUGAGUGGGAGAAGAGGCGGAUGGUUAAAUGGUUGGACUACGCAGAAAGGUGCCGACAAGACGUUGUGCCGAUCGCAGCAAAGGUUCACUCGUAUAGAGAGUAUCAUAUCAACCAUGUGGGUAAGAGAGAGAUCGUGGAUGGGGAAGGGGAAAGGGAGAAGCAGGUGGUAGUAUCUUGAUAAUCUAGUACCGGUUCGAUCACCUGUUCUGCGGAACAGAUGCAUGAUAUCAGUGUGCAUGCGGCAUGCAAGUAUGAGAGAGAGAGAGAGAGGGAUGCAGAAGAGAGAUGGGAGAUGAGGAAUGGGGAGAGAUCUCAGAAAGAGUUGGUGGAUGCAGAAGAGAGAUGGGAGAUGAGCAAUGGGGAUGAUGGAUCUAGAAAGGGACGGGAAGAAGCAGGUGGUGUACACCAUGAUAAUCAUAGUACGUGUUCAAUCACCUGUUCUGCGGAACAUAUGCAUUGUUUCACUGUGCAUGCCACAUGCAAGUGGGCGAGAGAGAAGAGUGGAUGGGGAAGAGAGAUGGACGGUCUGGAAAGGACAAGAAGAAGCAGGUGGCGUAUCACUAUCAUCGUAGUACCGGUUCAAUCACCUGUUCUGUGAAACAGAAGCAUUAUAUCACUGUGCAUGCCGCAUGCAAGUAUGAGAGGGAGAGGGAGGGAGGGAGGGAGGGAGGGAGGGAGAGAGAGGGAGAGAGAGAGAGAGAGAGAGAGAGAGAGAGAGAGAGAGAGAGAGAGAGAGAGAGAGAGAGGUGGAUGGUGAAGAAAGAUGGUGAAUCUGGAAAGGGAUGGGAGGAAGCAGGUUGCGUAUCGUGAUAGUCAUAGUUCCGUAUCGAUCACUCGUUCUGCGGAAUACGUGUGUUAUUUCAGCGGGCAUGCUGCAAGCAAGUGUGCGAGAGAGGAUGGAGGUGGUAGCAUGUGAAGAAGAAAAAGACGACAAAGCAGAGACAGAGAGGAGUCUGUGCUUGGACAGGAUGGUAGCUGGUGAAGUUGGGAGGUACUCAGAAGUUCUCGGCACUCACAUGCCUUUCUGCUUGACGUGACGUGGGCCGCCAUCUUGUGGUUUUCUUGCACAUGCAAUGCCAAAGUGGAUGAUGGAGCGAUCAAGGCCCAUGCACCCUGGACUUUGUGGGACUAGCCUUAGUGCAGGCGUGCCUCAGCGCAGAGCGCAGAGCAGCAGGCAGACCAGUGCAACCUGGCCGGCCUUUAGCUCUACUGAGCGGCAUGACACUGGGCUCUUGAGCUGUUGUAGGAGGGUACUAGCAGUGGUACAGGCUUGCCUCAGCUCAAGUGCCGAGCAGCUGGCCAGUGCGACCCGCUGGGCUCUCGAGCUGGUGCGGAAGGGCGAACGGGUCUCUGUUACGAUGGAAAGGGGUAUGCAUCAGAUGGGACCGAGGCAUCGAUGGAACAAGGGGGCAGUUGGGAGGGGAAAAUAUGGUCCACUUCUGCGAAUGAUCGAUUUUGAAGUUGCUCCUGACAAUGUCUCCAGCGAGUCGGCGACUUCUUGAACACAAAUGACCAUCUUCGACUAUUCCGUCUACAGGCGGGUCCUCUGUGACGCGUUUCUGUGCCAGCCACUCAAGCCAGGGUGUGAUUUUUUUUGUUUCUUUAUUUCUUUUUUUUUAGCUCAUCAGGGAUGUGGACUGUCUGCGGAGGUGCGCAUCAGGGUCUUGAAACUGGCCUCAAAAAUGUGUAGGAAGGAAGCGCGGGCGAAGACAUCAUGCGGCGGAUCGCGCGCGAAGAUCUCAUGCGGCGGAUCGCGCACGAAGAUAUCAUGCGGCGGAUGUACAGGGACUCAGUGGCAAAUAUAGAAAGUAGCAGCGAAUGUAGAGAGUAGUACCGAGGAAUGUAUAGAGUAGUACCGAGGAAUGUAUAGAGUAGUACCGAGGAAUGUAUAGAGUAGGAUCGGCGAGUGUAUUAGGGAUCAUUUGGCUACGUACAGCUGGGGGUGACGCCAGGAGUAGUCAUUUGUAGAGAAGCAACAGGGAAUGUAUAGAGAGGUGGUCGCGAAUGUAUACAGAAGUAUCGGCGACUGUAAAGCGAAAUAUCGCCUCACGGCUGC